UUGCCCUUCUGAAAAAUGGCAACCUCAGCGUCUCUGAAAGUGAACCGCUCUAGGCCCCGCCUUUGAUCUCGUUGGUGGGGCUGGGGGAUGAGAGCUGCAUCGCGCGGGACAAGUCGCUGGCAGCGCCCGACGGAGCAGAAGAGGAGAGAUCAUGGAACUGGAGAGGAUUGUCAGUGCAGCACUUCUUGAAUUUGUCCAGAUGCACCUCCCGGAGGCUGACCUCAGUGGCUUGGAUGAAGUUAUCUUCUCCUAUGUGCUUGGGGUCCUGGAGGAGCUGGGCCCCUCAGGUCCAUCAGAGGAGAACUUCGAUAUGGAGGCCUUCACUGAGAUGAUGGAGGCUUAUGUGCCUGGCUUUGCCCAUAUUCCCAGGAGCACAAUAGGGGACAUGAUGCAGAAGCUCUCUGGGCAGCUGAGUGAUGCCAAAAACAAAGAGAACCUGCAGCCGCAGAGCUCUUGUGUCCAAGGUCAGGUUCCCAUCUCCCCAGAGCCCCUGCCACGACCUGAAAAGCUUAAAGAAGAGACCAGGUCUCCUGUUGCUGCUGGGGACACCCAGGACGAGGCAGCUGGCGCUGAGGAGGAGCUGCUUCCGGGGGUGGAUGUACUCUUGGAGGUGUUCCCUACCUGUUCAAUGGAGCAGGCCCAGUGGGUGCUGACUAAAGCUCGGGGGGACUUGGAAGAAGCUGUGCAGAUGCUGGUAGAGGGGAAGGAAGAGGGGCCUCCAGCCUGGGAUGGACCCAGUCAGGACCUACCCAGGCGCCUCAGGGGCCCCCAAAAGGAUGAGUUGAAGUCCUUCAUCCUACAGAAGUACAUGAUGGUGGAUAGUGCAGAGGAUCAGAAGAUUCACCGACCCAUGGCUCCCAAGGAGGCCCCCAAGAAGCUGAUCCGAUACAUUGACAACCAAGUAGUGAGCACCAAAGGAGAGCGAUUCAAAGAUGUGCGUAAUCCUGAGGCUGAGGAGAUGAAGGCCACAUAUAUCAAUCUCAAGCCGGCCAGAAAGUACCGCUUCCACUGAGGCACUUGCUGGACUCUGCUGGAGCCUUCUAGGCUCAGAUCCCAGAGGGAUGCAGGAGCCCUACACCCCACACAGGGGCCUCCCUUACUCCUGUCCCUUUCCCCUUCCCCUUCCCCUUCUCUACUUGUUGCUCACAGUGUUAACCUACUCUCAAACCUGCCUCCAAGGGCACAGUAAAGGGGCCCAAGGAA